AUGGAAAGCUACUUGGCUAAGCGCACCGCAGCAAUGACGCUCAGUCGUCGCAUCCAGGUGCAGCCAUAUCCACCGCACCCCUGCACUUAUCCUGCCUUCUGGGGGGAUUCUUCUUCCACUCCCGCACGCUUCAUGCCAGUUCCAUUUCAUGGGGGCCGACUGGCGCGCAUUGUGCCGCUGGAAAAACGCACCGCGGUAGCGCCAACGGAGACUCGUGGAUACUUCGUUUCGUCAUUUACGGUUACUUCGACCUUUGAGAUGGCCACAAUCGAACGGAGCACAGGCGCUGCCACGACGGGACACACAUCAAACGUAGCCACCCGUCCUUUACCACUCAUCAUCAACCUUGACAAGUGCCCCAGCCACAGCGCCACAGAAGACCUUGCUUUCGUUCAUUUUCAACCUGCAAUGCCCACGCCCACACCCAUGUUGCACUAUCUACCUCGAUUCCACAGCAUGCUUCAAGUCUACCGGCGCUGGACACGCCUUGCCGGUUACAUGCCAGCUACAUGCCGCAGGGAACAACCCCCGUUCUUCGCUGUGCUCCAGACAUCCCGACUCUAUGGUUCAUUUCUCCCCGAAACAAGCUUCAGACGACCUUACAACACCCGAAUCGCUUUCCGCAUUCGGACUCAAUUCAUGCUUUGCUUCCCUGAUGGUUCGCCACGAUCUUUGAUUGCGACCUCUCUCGUUGAUGGCCAGUCAGAUGCUGCAGAUCCCCAACAUUCGUCCCAAGCUUCUCUUCAAUCUGACAGCAGCCGAGGGAAGUCAAAUUGGGGUAACACCCCAGAAGCCCUUGCUCCGAAUUGGGGCAGCACCCACGAGAACGAGUCCGAGUGCGGCACGGAAGGGGACCUCGGCUCGAAACCACCAUCGAAAGAGGCUGAAAGACCUCGUACAACACGGGUUGAUCAACGUUUCGGGAGUUUGGCAGUUCGUCCGACCCCGGCCUUGAGUACUGUUUGUACGGAUAUGCUACCAAGGUGCUGCGUCGAAACGUGCCUCCUCCGCCCAUUGGUGCCGCAACAUGCGAACCCCUUCAAAGCCACGCUAGCGGCCGAACAUACUACAGCUGACAGGGCCGCGGCGAAUCAUCCUCAACAUCCCAUUGACUUGUCCAACAUCUUUCUCCGCAACGUGUAUGUUGACCUGACAUCUUCGCAACGGUUGCCGAGUCCACCAGUUGGAUCGGAACGCACUGCGAAGUCAACUUGGAUGAACAAGACGAUUGAUCGGACGAUGUACGCCCAGCAAAAACCUGCUCUACUAAGUCGUCUGACCCGCGAUCGUAUAUAUUGUCCCCGAUAUCUCAACGGCAAGUCGAUGAGCAUUGGACAUAUCGUGGCGCAGUUGAGUUCCCACAUACGCAAGAACUUUUGCCGCUGGGCAUCUUUCCUUGGAUCUUGA